CAGAUUUCCUACCGUUCGCUAUCGAACUACAUUUCCCGUCAUACACUUUUGCUGUCGCGCAUGCGCAGAUGGGUUUAUUUAGUUUUCAGACAACCGGAAGCUCCACUCUGAAAUUGACCGAACGGGAUAGUUCUUGGUGUGAUGGACAGGUGAUGUGGCAGUCAGAGGAGUGAUAAGGCCAGAGCAGCCAUGACUGAGUGCUUCCUGCCCCCCAGCAGCAGCCCUGCAGAGCAGCGCAGGGCUGAGCACCCUGGGGGCGUGGCACGUACACCCAGCUCUGAGGAGAUCAGUCCCACCAAGUUCCCCGGCUUGUACCGCACCGGCGAACCUUCGCCGCCUCACGAUGGCCAUCACCACGAGGCACCUGACGCCUACGUGUCAGACGAUGACAAAGAGCACAGCAAGAAGAAGAACAAGUUCAAGAAGAAGGAGAAAAGGACGGAAGGCUACGCCGCCUUCCAGGAGGACAGUUCAGCAGAAGAAGCAGAGAGCCCGUCCAAGAUGAAGCGAUCCAAGGGAAUCCAUGUGUUCAAGAAGCCCAGCUUCUCCAAGAAGAAGGAGAAGGACUUCAAGGUGAAGGAGAAGGAGAAGGGUCCCAAAGAGGAGAAGGGCAAGGAUAAGAAAUCUAAGGACCUGACGGCAGCAGACGUGGUGAAACAGUGGAAGGAGAAGAAGAAGAAGAAGAAACCGACAACAGAGGCAGAGCCAGUCCCGGUGGAGAUUCCAACCUUCAGGCCCAUCUUUGGAGCGCCUUUGACUGAAGCUGUCAAGAGGACAGCUCUGUAUGACGGGAUCCAGCUGCCAGCCAUCUUCAGAGAGUGUGUGGACUACAUUGAAAGUUAUGGCAUGAAGUGUGAAGGCAUAUACCGGGUCUCAGGUAUGAAGUCUAAGGUGGAUGAAUUAAAAGCAGCGUAUGACCGCGAGGAGUGCCCCUGCCUGGAGGAGUAUGACCCCCACACGGUCGCCAGCCUCCUGAAGCAGUACCUCCGGGAGCUGCCGGAGAACCUGUUGGGACGAGAUCUGGCCCAGCGCUUCGAGGACGCCUGCGGUCGGCAGGUGGAGGCCGAGAAGAUGGCGGAGUUCCAGAGGCUGCUGCCCGAGGUGUCGCCAGAGAGCCGGCUUCUUCUCUCCUGGCUCGUCACGCACAUGGACCACGUAAUCACCAGGGAGGCGGAAACCAAGAUGAAUAUUCAGAACAUCUCCAUCGUCCUCAACCCAACCAUACAGAUUGGGAACCGUGUGCUCUACAUGUUCUUCACACAUGUGAGGGAGCUGUUUGGAGACGUGGUGCUGAAGCCGGUGGUGCGGCCACUCCGCUGGUCCAACAUGGCAACCAUGCCGGCACUGCCUGAAACCCAGGAGAGCAUCAAAGAGGAGAUCAGACGACAGGAGUUUCUGCUGAACUGCCUGCACAGGGACCUGCAAGCAGGGGUGAAGGACUUAUCUAAAGAGGAGCGGCUUUGGGAGGUUCAGAGGAUUUUGACUGCUCUAAAACGCAAACUGAGGGAGGCCAAACGUCAGGAGUGUGAGAGUAAGAUAGCCCAGGAGAUAGCGAGCCUGUCAAAGGAAGAUGUUUCAAAAGAGGAAAUGACUGAGAAUGAAGAGGAGGUCAUCAACCUUCUUUUGGCACAGGAAAAUGAGAUCCUGACAGAGCAGGAGGAGCUGAUCUCUCUUGAGCAGGUGCUUCGUAGACAGAUUGCCACUGAGAAGGAAGAAAUCGAGAGACUGCGAGCAGAGAUUGCAGACAUACAGAGUCGGCAGCAGGGUCGCAGUGAGACGGAGGAAUAUUCGUCAGACAGUGAAAGUGAAAGUGAAGAUGAGGAAGAGCUGCAGAUGAUUCUGGAAGACCUGCAGAAGCAAAACGAGGAACUGGAGAACAAAAACACCCACCUGAAUCAGGCAAUCCACGAGGAGCAGGAAGCCAUCUUGGAGCUCCGCGUCCAGCUUCGCCUCCUGCAGAGCCACAAGCUGCAGCAGGAACUGACCGUCCAGCCGCCAGCCGAGCAGGCCCCGCCCCCGCAGCCAAGCCCAGAGCCUCGCAGCGAGGAGCAGACCAAACGCUCCGUCGCCGCGGUGGCUGCCGGAGUAGAAGCCGCUGCCGCCGCCGCCAUCACCGCUGCCUCAGCCAACGGCAAGACAGCUAAGGAUACUUCAAAGCCCUCACCGAACAAAGACAGGAGGGACACCAACAUGUGAGAGGUCAUCUCAGUGAUGUGUUUGGUGGCUCUGCGCUGCUGUACGUCUCCACCGCUGGUCAGUUGUCCUGUCGUUUCACUCGUUAUCCACUGGAGAUUUCACUGUGCUGGAUCCAUGAGUUCAUUAGUAAUUGUGUCCAUCAAGUGGCAGCCAUGGAAAAAUCUGUUAUACUGUCUUUGGCGUCCUGACUCUUGCAGCCGAAAUCAAACACCUUGUCUCCUAUUUUUCCAUGCAAAAACACAUAAAAAGAAAUAGAAAUAGAGUAGCUGCUGUAGCGGACAACUGGCUACUCCUGUGAGAGACAAGGUGGACCACAUUAUCUAAUCCACAGUGCCAAGCCUGUUUGAAGGAAGAAAGGAGAAAUGAAGGGAUUGAUAAAGCAAGUUAGAAAGACGGAAGAGUGAGUAAAAGUCAGGCGCCAUGUCAGUAUAUAACAAAGUUUAUUUUUUGCUGGUAAGGUCUAAUGAAAAAAACAUAGACCAGAUAUAAUCUCAGUCCCUGUAUCUCACUAUGUCCCUCACCUAGAUGCAAAUUGGACAUGUUAGGAUAGAGACCACUGUGCCAUAACCGAAGAUGCCAGACUGGACACGUUUCCCCGGAGAACCACUAAUACAAAAAGCUCUUUGAAUGAUGAAGAAUUUAUGAUUGGUCUGUCUAUAUAUUAUAUAUUUAAGUGGUAUUCUGAAGAAUAAGGAUGACUAUUCAAGAAAUACAUUGAUUUUUAAGUUACAGCUUUUUAGUAAUAUAUGAAUAUAUAUGUAUAAAUAUAUUGUAGAUGCUUUCUUUUUCUUUUGAACAGCAGAUGCACAUAACAAACAGUGUACGUUGUACCUCGCAACUGACCAGUGGAUGAAAACAUGAAACAAAUACGCAACAAAAACAUAUUCAUCACUGGGGAAAAAAUGUAGACAAACAGCUGGACGUCGCGUUGUUACAGUCACACUUUGCGCCGUCGUGCAAUCAUCUUCUCUGUUCUGUCAUCUCUCUUGCACAAACGUGGAAAAUGACAUUUCUCCAGUUUUUAUGAUGGAACAACAAAUCUGUAGUGAUGAUUAUUGUUGCCAAAAUGUGUGCAUAGACACACAGGAGGCUUAGUUAGUUUUGUUGUGUAUUUGAUCGUGUUUUUUUAACUCAAUGUGUGGAGUUAUUGUUCAUGCCAUCAGUUGUUAGUGGAUUAAAAAACAACCUCAAGAUUACAAUUCAAUCAUUUAAUUUCACAACUGAUUCAUGACUAUUGCAAAGUACUGUCAUAAGUUCAGUGGUAUUUAAAGCAAAGGCAUGGCCUGACUUACUUAACGUUUGUGUAUAUCAUUGUAAAAUUGCAAACAUACUGUAUUUUCAGCUCUUAUGUUUUGUCAUAUGUUCUUUUUUUAUUAUUAUUAAUGACCUGUAUGGAGGAUGCUACUGUGACUGCCCCUGCUUUGGUCACGGGCAAAUCAAAGCAAUCUCACCGGGACUCAUGAUUCAAUGUUAUUAAUCCUGUGACUGAAACAGAUAAAUGCUAGAUUGGGCUCAGAAGCUUCUCAUGAGGUUAUUUUCAUAUUGUUCCAAGCUUUUUGUAGCUUAUUGUUGCAGACAGAAUAAUGCUGUGAAGAAUAAAGUGUCGAUCCAAAUAAUUUA